UGCCCGCACCGGAGACAUGGGACUGAGGAGUCACCGAGGGGGAAACUCUUCAGCGACUCAACACAACAAACCAAACUAAGGAAAGCAGCUGUUGCUCACCAUGUCGUCCGGACUCUUAAUUUUCUUACCUGAGUUUUUAACUUUAACUCAGUGACUUUAAAAAAAAAAAAAAGGACCGGAAGAGAAGCUAGAUAAAUGACAUCCGUGCAUUUUUGAUUACCUGGGGCAAAGUGCCACACCUUCGCUCACCAAGACAGCUCCACGACACAGCUAGCCAAAUGGGGUGCCAAUGCUGCCGGAUGAUUAAAAGCUACGUCUACGACCCCUCAGCUCCAGUGGACGUGAGAAAGAGCGACUCCACAGGCAGCUCGCUCUACCAGCCCCAUCGCCGCCCGGGCGGGGCCCCAAACAGGGACCUAUAUGGUGAGGCCAAGCAGAAGCAUGGCUUUCAUAACAUGGCUUACAGCAAGUCCAAUGAGAGCACACUAAAACUAGAAGUUGACAACAACCAUGUCAACCAAAGACUACACCGUCAGGGGAGUAUACCACCGACAGAGGGAGGGCUCUACAUCAUCCAGCCACAAGGGGUGGGGCAGCAAUGGAUGACGCAGGAAAAAGGUCUGAGCCAGGUGCCCGUGUACCCCAGCGUAGAGAAUUACGAGAUCCAGAGGAGCCAGGCGACGAGUAACGGGUGGACCAGCUCCGAGCACCGGCUCAGCAGCACAGAGCUUUCAGCAGACGAGAUAGACGAGGGUGUGGGAGGGACCCCGGAGUACCUGUGUGACACGGGGGACGAGGGCAGCGUCUUGUCAGUGGACAUCCAAACCAGUAACACCAGCUUGUCCUCAGGGGGCACGAGGGACGAGCUCACGCUGACAAAGACUCCCGACGUCUCCACGAUGGAGAGCGGGAUCUCGGUGUCAAAGAGCGAGGACGAGGAGCAGGAGGUGCAGAGCGUCACGGACUUGAUGGUGGCAGAGGCUCUCGCUGCUCUGGAGGCCGCCACGGCAGGAGAGGACUAUGAGUGAAGGGCGAAUGCGCUCACCCACCACAUAAAAAAACUCUGAGGACUCAAAAGAGCAUCGAAACCACGAUGAGACGUUGCCACGCUUCUGGAGAAUAACGCUCAUAUCUAAGAACACGGGAAUGAAUGGAAACUCUGUUUACAACAAAGAUAUAUUUUUGAACCCUUGGAUAUUUUUUUUAAGCUGUGGUUAUACUGACAGAAGAUAAUGUGUGCCUUGUGAAGGAGGCUACAUUUUCAAAGCUGCAAGUUUUGCAUGAAGCCACAACCAAAGAGACGUCAGAGUGCACGCUGAGUUUGACCUGCAGUGCACCCAACACUCCGCACAGUCCCAAUAAGCCUGGAUGUGCUCGCUCCCUGCUUUGCCUCGUCCACACACACACA